AUGGCUCCUCUAGGUGCCGCCAACUUUUGUCCGGAUGACACUCCGCUGGAUAUAGUACUCUAUUCUGGGAGAUGGUACAAGCAUCGACAUCUUGUAAUACUCAACUUGAUGCUGGUCAUUCCACUGGUAACAUCGUAUGCUAAUGGCUAUGAUGGAUCCAUGAUGAACGGUCUCCAGUCGGUCGAUGGCUGGAAAGAAUAUUUUGGUCAUCCCACGCCCAAAGAGCUAGGCCUCUUCAACGCCAUCCAGUCUAUCGGUUCCCUGGCCGCAAUACCUCCGGCGCCAUUCCUAUCAGACAGAUUUGGUCGUCGAGCGGGUAUUUUCGUGGGAUCAUCGAUUACAUUGGGCGGUGCUAUUACCCAGACUUUGACGACAAAUCUGCAUACAUUUGUCGCAGCAAGGUUUAUGAUUGGAUUUGGCACGACCCUUGCGAUGAUGGCUUCCAUUGCUCAUUUCGGAGCUUGCAUACCCAACACACCGUGCACCGCUCACGGCGUUGUACAACUCGCUAUGGUUUUCCGCGUAAAUGUCAUCUUUUCGCCUAUCCGACAUUCGCCCGCAUUUCGUCAUGCUCCGCAUAUACGCGAUCUCGCGGGUGGUGUUGGCUGGUCGACGUUUGGCACCUUUCGAAUCCCCAACGAAUGGUCGUGGCGUAUUCCAUCGGCCCUCCAAGGGGUUUCGAGCGUGCUCCAGUUGGCGUUUGUAUGGUUCAUCCCGGACAGCCCGCGUUGGUUGGUUUCUGUGGGACGAGACCAAGAAGCCCGAGAGGUGCUGACGAAAUGGCACGCGGGGGGUGAAGAGAACAACGGGCUUGUGAAGUUUGAAUACCAAGAAAUCAAGAACGCGCUUGCUGCCGAGUCACAGAGAGGUUCUGCAUGGAUCGAUCUCUUCCGCACGCGGAAAUCGCCGACGCAUGCGGAUUAUCCUCGCCAUUGCGUUGUUCUCGCAAUGGAGCGGGAGCGGGUUGAUCAGUAUUACCUCGAAAGGGUGAGCCUGAGUUCGCGUUGCCAAGGUGCUGAGCGGGAUUCGCAUCGAGAGUUCAAGAGAUCAGACGCUGAUCAAUGGGUGCCUUGCGAUUUGGAAUUUGAUGUGGGCGGCAGGGGCGCGAUGUUUGUUGACCGACUCGGACGGAGAAAGUUAUUCUUGACGAGCAAUGUCGGCAUGUUGGUUGGCUUCUCGAUCCUGACGACCUGCGCUGCUAUCUUUGAAAAGUCACGGGUCGAGAGAGCCGGACACGGUGUGAUUGCGUCGUUAUUUUUAUUCCAGGCCGCGUAUGCGAUUGGGUAUACACCGCUGCUGGUGUCGUAUACGGUCGAGAUUCUUCCGUUCUUCUUGCGCGCAAAAGGGUUGGCGGUGAUGUACUUGUUUGUGAAUGCCGCGUUGAUAUUCAACCAAUAUACGAACCCGAUCGCACUUGAUGCCCUGAAAUGGAAAUAUUAUUUGAUCUACACGGUGUGGCUCGUGUUUGAACUUGUGUUCAUCUACCUGUUUGCGGUCGAGACGCGGAACCGAUCGUUGGAAGAGACAGCGGCGCUAUUCGACGGGGACGCGGCACUGCCGGAUAUGGCGAUGGACACUCGGACUGAGAGCUUCAUGGCGGAGCACGUGAGUCGAGAGUCGAGUCGAAUAAGCUCGGUGCCUGAGAGCGGAGACAAGCCGAGGGUGUUCGACGGACGAGAGGGGUUCCAGCUUUAUGAUCUCGGGAGCAAGGCGAUGCAUUCGUAUGCGAGUUCGAAUCGGUAUCGAGGCGGAAGGAUGGUGGUUGCACUUGGACGGAUGGGUUCACCUAACCGCGAACUAUCACCGAUGAGUGCUGGGAGUACGAGCCGAGAACGAGUGUCGAGCCCCGACGAAGAGGCGCAUGACCCGCUGCUGGGACGGUCCGAGUCGCCAGUGCAGAGCCACCGACGCAAGCACCGCCGCCGACGUUCGCGCUGGACAGGAAUCGCCUAUGACACGGGCUACUACCUCGUCCGACAGCCCUGGUUCCCCACGCGCCCUCUCUCCAUCUCCAUCUCCCUCUGUCUGCUCGCAGCCCUCGUCACUUGCCUUGUCUUUGCCAUCAUAUACCUCGUCAACUCGUUCAAGUCGGCGCUGUCAUGGCGUCGCUACUGCUCGACACUGCACCCUUUCCUCCUGCCAACUACUCCACGCUCCCGCCCGUCGCGGCUACGAGCGCAGAUGAUGAUCCGCGAGAGCUAUGCCGCCCACCCUGCCAGUCGCAUCCCCGGCACCGAGCGCACCGUCGUCCGCUUUGUCAUGGGCCGUCCCACCGGCGCUGACAUCCAGGCCGUCCAGAUCGAAAACGACAUCUACAACGACAUGGUCAUUCUCCCCAUCAAAGAAAACAUGAACGAUGGCAAGUCCUUUGCUUAUUUCGAAUGGGCCUACCACAACGCCCUCGUUCCCCCUCCCGCCGGUCUCCCCGAGCUCAACAACCGCACUGUCGUUCUUGCCCCGCACGACCCCACCACCACUAACCGCGGCUGGGUCCAGCCCGACUAUGUCCUCAAGGUUGAUGACGACUCGUUUGUCAUGCUUGGCGAGAUCGAGGCUAGGCUGCGAGUCACACCGCGCAAUGUCGUCAAGAAGCGCUUCAUGGGUGGGGAAUCCUAUGCACUCUCUUUCGACCUUGUUCAGUACAUAGCAACCUCUCCCGUCGUCCGUGCCCAAACCAAAGGCGAAGAAGACCAGGUCACUGCACGAUGGAUGAAAUCCCACCCGCGCGCCAACAUAUCGUCUGGUGGUCCGAACGCUGUUGGAUAUACGACCACCCCAAAGCGGCACCGUCUACUCCCGCGGCUUCCUCUUUCCUUCCGAAGUCGAGAGGGUCAGAGCCAUCGAGACAGGCGCGGCCAGGGCGAGGACGAUGGGGAUAUCGUGGAUGUUCGGUGGAGCAGCGUCGCCACCUAUCGUUAUCGCUAUACCUACAAGACUGCCACCCACUGGCCUACCCGCUACACCCCUCCGCGGGACAACUUGACCCUCGCCCAAGCCAUGGAGGCCCUCGUCGAGGACCCCCAAGAGGUCUACGAGAACCGGGAGACCUGGGAGGAAAAAUUCAGAGGGAACAAGGUCGGGGGAAGUGUCGUGGUUCAUUAUGUCAAGAGCCGCGAGUGGUGGCUCGAGAUGUGGGCGAAGCGAUUCGCUUUGCCGUUACUGUUAUUUCUGGGCGCAUCAGCCCAGAAACCCAACGUCAAAACGACCCGAUUCGAGAAUUUACCCAAGAACAUGUUUUAUUUCGAGGAUGCGUCUGCUGUACUCUAUCACGAUUCUGCGCAAGCGAAUGUAUACCUCUCAGAGGACGAAGGGAAGAAUUGGAGCAAGGUCAAGGGUGUACCGGACGGCCAUGCGCUCGUGCUCGUUCAGCAUCCGUUCAAUAACCGAAUGGCUUUUAUUCUAGGCGACAAGGUCACGCAUUGGCGCACGAUGGAUCGAGGUCGGAUGUGGCAGUCGUUUGAGAUGCCUCAUCCGAUCGCGUUUGUUCCUGCUCCCCUUAGCUUUCAUUCGGACGAGAAGAAUUCGGAAUGGAUUAUGAUGCAGGUAUGCACACACACGAACGACUCUAAUGUCUUGCACUCACUCGCACUCGCACCCACACUUGCACUCACACUUGCACUCACACUCGCACCCAAGGUCCGCGAAUGCAAAAAAUCAGCCUGGGGAUGGUCCGAAACGUGCUUUGGCUCGACAUACUACACCCUCGACGCAUUCUCGUCCGGAGCCAAACUCCUCACGCGCAACUCGUUCAAAUGCAUCUUUGCCCACUCGUCCAGCAUCCGCACUAUCUCGAGCGGGAGCCACAAAAAGAUCGGGUUCGCGCCCAAGCGUCCGCCGAGCCAGGUGUUUUGCGUUGCGUUUGACAAGAAUGCCGCGGAUGGGAGCACGAAUGCGCGUUCCAGUCGGUUGUUUACGAGUUCGGACUGGUUUGACAAGGGGUGUGACCGCGAUCGGGAUCAUGUCCAAGUUCAUGGUCGCCGCGCUCCGGACCCGAGCGGUAAAUCGCACGAGCUCCAACUGCAGGUCACGCUCGACGGGCAUACAUGGCACAAGGCCCAGUUCCCGCACGCCUCGUCCUCCAAGCUGCUCGAAAACGCAUACACCAUCGUCGAGUCCACGUCGCACAGUCUUGCCGUCGACGUCUUGUUGCACUCGGACGCGGCCGUCGGGACGUUGUUCGUGAGCAACUCGAACGGCACGUUUUUCGUCGAGAGCUUGGUCGAUACGAAUCGUAACCGGGCUGGGUUUGUGGAUUUUGAGGAUUUGGUGGGUGUCGAGGGUGUUGGGAUCGCUAAUUAUGUCAAGAAUGCGCCUGCGGUCGAGGGGCACAAGGCUGCCAAGCAGGUUAGGAGCGUUAUUACUUUUGAUGAUGGCCGAACUUGGGACCCACUCGAUCCCCCUGAUGAUUCGGACUGCCGGUCGGGUUCGCGCGAAACGUGCGCCCUGCAUUUGUAUUCGGUCUCGACCCCGCAUAAUAUCGGCAAGGUGUUUUCGUCCCCCGCGCCUGGGCUCGUGCUCGGUGUUGGUUCCGUGGGGACGCACCUCCGGCCGUACGAAGAGUGCGACACGUACAUGUCUCGGGACGCUGGUCUCACGUGGAAGCGUGUUCAAAAGGGCGCGCAUAUGUAUGAAGUCGGCGAUCAGGGCGCGGUCACGGUUCUCGUGGACGAUGAAGAGUAUACUAAGCAAGUCAAGUACAGUUGGGACGAGGGAAACACAUGGCAGACGGUCGACCUUGGGGUAGAGAUUCGCGCGCGAGUCUUGACGACCGUGCCUGACUCGACGUCGCUCACUUUUAUCUUGCUGGGCUCGCUCUCGCGCGAGGACGCCAAGGGCCCGGUGGACGCUAUUGGUAUGCGCGCACUCAAGGGCAAGGAAUGCCUGAUGGGGCACAAGCAAUGGUACAAGAGGCGAAAGGAAAACGCAAAAUGUUACGUCGGAGACAAGUUCAACGAGGCUCCGGAGCACGAGGAAAACUGCCCCUGUGAAGAUGAAGAUUAUGAAUGCCCCAUCGUCAGCGACUAUAACUAUAUCCGCCAGAACAACCAGUGUGUGGCUGCCGGCCCUGAGCCAAUCCCUGUAGACGUUUGCAAGUCUAACAGUCGAGGUGAAAAGUAUUUGGGGUCAUCUGGAUAUCGACUCAUUCCCGGUAAUACCUGCGACCGAGACAAGGGAAUCAAGAAGGACGAGAAAAUACAGAAAGAUUGUUCCGAGGCUCAGAAACCUCCUGGCGAAGUAUCGCACCAAGUCAAGUUCUUCAAACGCCCGAUCGUCGGAAACUGGCAUUUCCAGAAGGCAGGAACGAUUCUAGUCCAGUUGGACGACGGAACGGUACAUCAGUCUUCAAACGAGGGCUAUUCGUGGACUCAACUCGUCAAUGGCGAAUACAUUAUUGCCGUGUAUAUGCACCUAUAUGCGGAUGACCGAGCUUAUCUGAUUACCAACAAGGACAAACUGUAUUACACAACUGACACAGCGCAACAAUGGCUGGCCCUUGACCUGCCGGCACCGCCCAACCAGUUCGGGCUUGGUCUUUUAUCGUUCCACCCAUUGCAGUCCGAUUGGCUCAUCUAUACUGGACAGACCGAUUGCGGCAGCGACAAGACCAAUUGCCAUGUGGAGGCGUACUACACUCUCAAUCAUGGGCGUACUUGGACAUCAAUCGAGAAAUACGUCAAGACUUGCACAUGGGCCCGCACCGCCAACCUUCGAAUCGAUCAGCAUUUGAUCCUUUGCGAAAGCUAUCGCGACAAAAAGGGCAAUCAAUUGUCCUUUGCGAACAAUCCCUUGGAGUUUAUCGAGGGUAGUGAAUAUUUCAAAAACAAGCGCAAGAUGUUUGAUAAUGUUGUUGGGUUUGCCAAGUUUUCAGAGUAUUUGCUCGUUGCAGAGGUCAAGGGGCAAUCCAACGCGUUGGAUCUCCAGGUUUCGCUCGACGGACGCAGUUUUGCGAUGGGAAAAUUCCCCCCUGGGAUGUCGGUGGACAACCAUGCAUACACGGUACUGGAGUCGAGCACCGACUCUGUCUUUUUGCACGUUACCAUGUCCGACAAACGCGGUGCUGAAUGGGGCAACGUUCUCAAAUCCAACUCGAACGGCACAUACUAUGGCCUCUCGCUCGAAGCUGUGAACCGAAAUGCACAAGGAUAUGUCGACUUUGAAAAGCUGGUUGGCUUGGAUGGGAUUGCAGUCAUGAAUAUUGUUGCGAAUACGAAAGAAGUAGAACACACAGGAAAGAAGAAGCUCCAGACUCGUAUAUCUCACAACGACGGCGGAACUUGGAAGAAACUCGUACCACCCCCCAAAGAUUCUUUGGGUCAAAACUACGAAUGCUCAGGGACUAAUUGUGCACUGCAUAUUCACGGCUAUACUGAGCGAUAUGAUGCUCGCGCCAAGUAUAGCAGUCCAUCAGCUAUUGGCCUCAUGAUGGGGGUUGGGAGCGUGAGCGAACACCUUGCUCCAUACAAGGACAGCGAUACGUUCCUCAGCCGGGACGGAGGAUUCACAUGGGAGGAAGUUCACAAGGACGCACAUCUAUUUUCGUUUGGUGACUCUGGUUCGGUCAUUGUUAUUGUCAACGACGAAGAGCCGACCGACCACGUGCUAUAUACUACCAAUGAGGGGACCAGCUGGCGCGAGUACAAAUUCUCGGAUGAGAGGUUACGAAUUCGAUCGAUUGUAACCAAACCGACAGAAACAAGCCGAAAGUUUGUUUUGCUGGGCCACAAGUCUGCCGACCGGGACACCUGGGUCGCGAUUCAACUCGACUUUUCGGCUAUUACAUCACGGCAGUGCUUGCUUAACCCGGACGAUCCAAACAAAGAUGAUUUCGAAUUGUGGAGUCCAAGCGAGGAGCGCGAGGAGCGUUGUCUCUUUGGCAGACAGGUUCAAUAUCAUAGACGAUUGCGGGAUCGUGAUUGUUAUGUCGGUGACCAACCCAAGAUUGAGCAGCGCAUUGUAAAGAAUUGUGCAUGUAUGAAGUUUGAUUUUGAAUGCGAGUUCAACUAUGUCCGCAAUAGCGCGGGUGAUUGUGUGCUGACUCCUGGGGCCGAGCCUCUGCCGAACGAUGAUACUUGCCCAGGUGAUGCAUCAGUAUGGUACGAACGAACCGCGUACCGCAAAAUCCCACACUCUAGUUGCGAAGGGGGUGAUCGUAAAGAUCGUGGGCCAGAACAUCCAUGCCCAGGUAUUGGCUCCCACGGAUACCUUUUCUGGGGAUUCGUCGUCAUGAUACCCAUCAUAUUCGCUGGCCUCGUAGGUCUACAUUUUAAGAAGCACGGAUUUGCUACUGGCGCAAUCCGGCUUCCCGAUAAUACCGGUCGGCAGUCGUGGGAUGAUGGGGGGAUUGUCUCCACCCUGGCGUCCAUCCCUGUUGCAAUUGUUGCAGUCUCGCGCGGGGUAUGGGCACGUGUCUCGACUCUCUUGCCUGGCCGAAGAGGCCCACGGUAUCCUACAAGAGGUGGAUAUCGAACUGUGGCCGUGGAUGAAGAUGCACAAGUUCUCAGAUUUGAGGACGAUGAUUGA